GAGUCCUCACCCUAACCCCCAUGCGUCAUCGAUGACCCUUUCUCUUCUCCAGCGACACGACCAAACUCUGUUGCUCCAUAACGUUCAAAACCUAGACCAGAGAUAUGGACGCGUACCAACAGCCUCACCACCACAUGAGACCACCGACUCCACCGCCAUCGGCGGAUCCCCACCAGUAUCAUCACUAUCAGCAACAGCAACCACCACCGACAGUCCCUCCGCAAGGUUCAUGGUAUUCUAACCAAUUUCAUUACCAUCCGUCCUCACACUCUCCCUCAACUCCCCCUCAGUGGGCUCCUCCUCCUCCUCCACCUCCACCACCGCCUCACUCCGACCACCAUCCUCCCUUUUCUUCCUCCUAUCCUCCACCGCCGCACCACCCUUCUUAUCCUGCCCCACUUCCCUCUCACAGCAACCAGUUCCCUCCUCCCCCUCAUUCUCGACCUCACUUGCCGCCUCAGAUUCCUCAAUCUUACCCUCAGGUUAACCAGGAAUGGGGAAACUCUAACUGGGGACAUCACCAUGCUUGGGAUCACCCAGCUGCCCAUAAUAUGGAGGUUGACUGGGCUGCCAAAGCUAGAGCAUGGGCAUCUGCUAAAGCUGCUACGGAUGAUCAGCAUCCACACUCUCAGUUUACACCUAUUGGCAGACAUGAAGAGCAAGGCAGAUUUCAUGAACAUCACCCACAAGCUGUCAAUUAUCCUUAUCAAGAUAUUCAACAGCAGUCAAUCCUCCCAUCAAAUCAUCAACAGUUUUCAGUCCCAUCAGCACAUCACAGACCACCAAUGGUUUAUAUGCAGGAGACUUCGUCUAUGAACUCUGGCGCAUCUUCAUAUCCUCCCAAUGGGCACUUACCGUACACUGCAAAGGAUGGAACUUCACAUGCUGCUUUUUCCCAUCAAGACAGUUUUCAGACAAGUUCGUCUGUUCAUCAGCAGGAGGUACCUUCUAGUUAUUCUUCUGUUGCAGGAAAAGAGGGGAUUAUGGAGCAGAAGGAUCAGCUGUACACAUCAUUGGCGUCAUUACCUAAUUCGUCAGCUCAGGAAGGACAACACCUUGUGCAACCAUCUUUGCCUGCUAUUUACAGAUCAGUUAUGACUGAACAGCCCUUCGCAUAUGACAAUCACACAGCUAAUCUCUCAACUGACCUUAGCGAUCAGCCUUUAGAUUUUGCUCCUGGGUUUAAUCGUGAUCGUGAUGCACUCAUGCAACCCGGUUAUGCUACUCAUUAUGAUUCUGCUGUGAUUCUGAGAGGCAUGGACCCUGUUGCGGUGGUACCUCCAAUUAAUUCUUGGGCUCCUUCCGUUGUAUCUGGUGCAGUUUACCCUUCCAUUCCUCCUGUUAUACCAUCGGGGCCACAGCAAGAUCCUUCUGUAUCUGUUUCUGGAAAUGCUAUACCACCUUUAGGGAGGUUUCCUGGACCUAGUUUUCAGCCAACCCUUUCAUCUGCUGGUGCACCCUUUGGUCUAGGCCCUGGUCCUGCACUAAAUCCCAGUCCAGUUUUCCCAGGUGAUGCAUAUGGUAGUUUUUCUGAACGCCCUAAGAAGGCUUCUGUGCCUAAUUGGCUAAAAGAAGAGAUAAUUAAGAAUGCUUCUGUGAUCACAAAGUCUUCCCUGGAACAUCCGAAAGAGGAUACGCAGUCCAUUGAGGAUGAAGGUGUCGACAGAUCUUUUGGAAAUGGUGAUCAGGCUGAUAGCAAAAGCAUUGAUUCUUCUAGGUCAACAGAAGAAGAGGAUGAGGAGGAUUACAAGGAAGCUGCUAAAACUGCGGCAAUCAACCAGGAAAUAAAACGAGUUCUAACUGAAGUUCUUUUGAAGGUUACAGAUGAGCUUUUAGAUGAAAUUGCAACAAAAGUUAUGGAUGAAGAUGAUCUGCCGGUUGAAGUUGACCAGAACACUCCUAGUUUGAAUUAUAAGGUAUCACCGCCACCUGCUCCAGCUGAUCCAAUUCCAAGGGCUCCAGCAAAGGUUGUGGUUCCAGUGGAAGCCCAGGAUUCUGGGACUACAGUAAUCAGUGAAAAACCUACUUCCAGCUCUCUUGGAAAUGUAUUGGGUCUUGCAAAUUACGAUUCUGAUGAUGAUAACGAUGAUGACGACGAUGACGACGGAGAUGAGGAAAUCCAAAAUUCUAGUGAGCCAAAUUCUAUUAAAAAUUCUCUUCUUGCUCGGGCAGAUAAUAAGCAUCUUCCAGGAUAUAAGCACGAUCCAGUUGAGAACAGCAGUUUGCUGGUAGAUCUGGAAGAGCACGGUACGGUAGGGAAAGAUUUACAGGGUGGUUUAAGCAAAAGUAGUUCUUUGGAGCCUAGAAACAAUAAGAAGACUGGUCUAAGUGAGUUGGCCAUUGAUAGGGAAUAUAGGGAGUAUGAGCAUGCAUCUCAAGGGAUGGGUGAUAUUGACUUUGGAAAAGCACAAGAUGGCUAUAAUAGUGCUGGUUCGAAUGGUAUAUUAGGACAAGAGGGUGUAAAAGCUGAAAACCCGGGUGAUAAUUUCCAUACGAAAAAGUCAACAGUAAAUGAUCCUCAUUGUAGGGAAACCAGAAUGAGACCAGAUGAAUAUGAUCGGAAUGAAAAUAAAGAGAGCUCGUAUGGCAAAGACUCUGUUAAAGAGGUGGAAAGGAGUAGGGAAGUUGAGAAGCAAGGGGAGCAUCGCAAGAGACGUGAUGAAAAGCAACUAAGAAAGGAGAAGACAAAUGAUCAGAAUGGCUCAAAAGAAAGAAUGAAACAGCGAGAGGCUAAGCCUGGUGAAGGAUCUGAAGAAUCAGAGUCCAGAAAAAGGUCUGCACAUCAAUAUACCAAGGAGGACAAGAAGGAAGAAGAUAGGGUUCGUAGAACUAAUCCUAAAGAGGGCAAUAACAAGAAAAGGGAGAGCACAAAUAGCAAGGAGGAAGGUGACGCAAGACAUAAUCUGUCAAGUGUUGUAAGCAGGCAUAAGAGAAGACGAUCUUCUUCAAUUAGCAGUAGAGGAAGAAACAGCAAGGAGAACUCUGUCACUCAUGCCCAUGAUUCAAGUGAUGACGAAUCAGACGAUUCCAAAAGAAAGCUGCAUGCAAGAAGACGUGAUUCAUCACCUUCACCUGUCAGGUCUAGGAGAAGACAAUUGUCGAGGUCACCACAUAGCAAGCAUUCUCAGCGCAGGCAUUCUCCCUACUCUUCUCUUGAGACCAACAGGUAUGUUGUUAGGCAGUCUAAUAAGGCUAAUAUUGUGUUAAUGUUUUUGAGACAUGCAGAACCAUCAUGAUAUUAUAUCAAAUCAGGUGAAAGUUCCUAGCCGCUGAAUCUUUGCAUGCAAUGUUCUUGGUUCUAAAUUUACGGAUUUUCAUUACAGGGGAAGGAGGAGGUCAAGAUCCAGAUCACCUAUGCGGCGGAGGAGAUGAUAAGAUAUGUUGGAAAAGUACUUGUUUUGAAAUGCAAGACAGCUUGGUUAAGAUAAUGUGAUUAUGUGAACUUCCCUGGAGAUCCUCCCAUUUAUCAGUCAGUCAGAAGCCCAAAAGACUACCAGUUAUAUUCUGUUGUCAGAUGAUGAGUGUCGAUUCCUUCAUGCAGGUUGUAGCUGGAAGAAUGGCAAUGUGGAUAUAGAUUGUUCUGCACAAUUCCACAAUGCCCUUAGAGGUGGUAGAUGAAGUAUACUUCCUGAUACACUAUUAUUUUCUGAUUGUGGAUGAAUUCGUAUUUCAAUUUUGUUGCAAACCUGGACAUCGUUUAGUUGCAACUACUACUGUAUUAUAUACGUAUGUGUGUGCGCGCGCGCUGCGAUUUGUGGAUUUAUCUUCAGAUAAA